AUGCCCCGUCUAAGCAUCGUAAUAGUUCUCUUUUGUGCUGCCGCAAGCGCAUUUACGUCGUUGGUCCAUCAACGACUGGUUCCGGAAGCACGACAGCUAUACAAAUUCGAUGCAAACACCACUCUGGAGAAUAUUGCCGUCAACUCCUUGGAUGGAAAGCUCGUCAUUACCAGCUUCGAGGGACGGUUGUACACCUUGGAUCCCUAUAGCAACGACACUGAACCUUUUCUGGUCGGCCAGCUUCCCGGGGUGGAUGCCUUAUUUGGCAUCGUGGAGUUGGCCCCAAACACAUUUGCCAUUGCGGGAGGAAAUUUGACCGAGUUUCGACUAGAGCCAGGGUCUGCAAAGAUAUUCAAAGUCUCACUGGGCUCUCCAAAAGCAAUCGAUGUGAUUGCUUCGAUUCCUGACAGUACGUCGAUAAAUGGCAUGGCUCUACUACCCUGGAACCCGGACAUUGUUCUCGCCGCGAAUUCUGAGAAUGGCUCGAUAUACCGAAUCGAUAUUCGUACGGGUCAUGUCGGCAUUGCAUUUUCCGAUAGUAUCUUGGCACCAGUAGACACUGGCAAUGUCCCACUCGGUGUCAAUGGUAUAAAAAUCUGGAACUCUGAUUUAUACUUUACAAACAGCGCGCAAGGGUUGUUUGGUCGAAUUCCGAUUACUCGAGACGGCGGCAAGGCCGGAAAUGCCACCAUCUUGUCGACCCUUCCGAGUUCAACAGGAGAUACCUAUGACGAUUUUGCAAUCAUAUCGCAGUGCGAGAGAGUGUAUGCGUACAUCGCGACCCAUGGGAAUAGUAUCAGGAAGGUUGGGCUUGACGAUCCUAUCGAGACUAUUUAUUUCGGAGACGGAAAUAGCACCACUGUAGAGCAGCCGUCAAGUUUGGCGUUCUCAAGAGACCGUAAGAUGAUGUAUGUAGUCACAAACGGGUUUCUUACAGGCCCUGAUCAAGGCGGGCAGAUUGUAGAAAUCAGUGCAAUCUAG